AUGAAAACAGAGAAAAUCAACAGCCAAAAUUACUACGUAAAGAAAAAUAAUGAUUUACCGAUUCCAUUUCAGGCACCACGAGAGCCACCAGCAUGGAAGGGGGUACGCUCGGCCAUGCGGUGGCUCCCCCCGUGCUCUCAGACCAUCGACAUCGUCCCCGUCGCGCCACUGCAGCUGGGAUCGGAAGACUGCCUUCGCCUCGACGUGUACACGCCAGAGGCCGCUACUCCAGGGCAAAACCUACCCGUACUGGUCUUCCUCCACGGGGGCGCCUACUACUACGGCAACAAGAACGACUACGAUCCAGAAUUUCUAGUCACCAAAAACGUCAUCACCGUCAUCAUCAACUACAGAGUCGGCGUGUUCGGCUUCCUCUGUCUAAACGGAGUCGCUAACUUAGGACUCAAAGACCAGGUCGCAGCUCUCAAAUGGAUCCAGAAAAACAUCGCUGCGUUCGGAGGAGACCCCGACAACGUCACCCUGUCCGGCCAGAGUGCAGGAGCCAGCGCAGCUGCCAUGCAUCUCCUAUCCAAAUCCAGUAAAGGAUUAUUCCACAAAUUAAUACUCAUGAGUGGCAAUCCGUUUACCCCAUGGUCUUUCAACCCUGAGCCUGAAACGCCGGCGUUCCAAGACGUGAGCAAACGCAAACGGAUUAGCAACGUCGAAGACGUCUACAACUACUUCGCCACGGCUCCCGUGCGUGACAUCAUGUCCGUGUCCAUGGACACGUCCAUCAACCCGAGAUACUUCAAAUACAGCCCUUGUGUUGACAGCAAUUUUUCAGACCCGUUCUUCCGCGACACUCCUUACAAUAUUAUAAAAUCGGGAAACUUCAAUAAAGUGCCUAUCCUCACUGGUAUUACUAACGUUGAAGGGCUAUUGUUCUACGGACUGCAUAGUGCCGAAACAGUCAAAGAUUUGGAAAGGAAUUUUCUUGAAAAAAUACCUUCGGUAUUUUCUUGGUGUUCAAAGAAGGACAGAGAGCAAAUAGCACAGAAACUUCGUGAUAAUUUUUUUGGGAAAGAGGGGAUAAAGAUGAGCGCUUACAGGAGUCUGAUCGACUUCUACUCAGUUUGGAUCGCGAAUGCAACCGCUGCUGCGUUUGUGGACUUGAUGGUGGAGCAUUCCGAGCAGCCUGUGUACCGCUACGUGUUCUCAUACGAGGGGGACCGCAACUUCGCGAAGGCCAUAUUCGGCAGUCGCGUGUCUGUGCCGGGCGCUUCCCACUCGGACGACUUGUUCUACGUGUUCAAGCCGGCGGGCAUCAGCCUGCUGCUGACUAACAGGGACAAACGCUUCAUCGACAGGAUGACUACUAUGUUCACCAACUUCAUGAAGUUUGGAGACCCCACGCCCUGCAAGAGCAAGUUGCUGCCAAACAAAUGGCCUCCAGUCACGGCCAGCGACCCGGUCGCCUUGCGCCUGGACCGGGAGCUGACCGUCAUCAGGCCUUCCAGGACCAAGCACGAGGAGUUCUUCCUGAGCCUCCUCUGCACGUACGGCCAUGAUGGCUACGUGCCUUGUAAGAGCCAGAAGAGGUGUAAUUUAGAUUAAUAAGUAAGUAGGCAAUUUAAUUAGAAUCGUUGUCUACCAAACCUAGUUACUGGGAUGGCGCCACUAACUUCGUAAAACCAAUGAGAGCUAACGGUACAAAUAGGGUACAAUAAAUAU